AACAAAAACAAAGAUAGUCCUUGCUUCAAGGAGUUUACAAUCUACUGGAGUAAGACAAUGCAGAAAAACAAAAGGGAGAUGGGGAAGUGCAUGGUAUUAAACAGAUGAGGAGUUUAUAGUGUAGAGUAGACAUUCCUUUUUCUCAAAGAAGCUCAUCUUCAAGGAAGCAGAGGGAAAAAAUAAGAUGACAAUUACUAAUACUUUCAGAUAAUCUGUUAUUUUCAGAGGUUGGGCUCUCCUUCCAUGGAGUUGUUCAAUAUUAUCAUAAGACCUCAUGAUUGUUUGGCACUUUAAGGCUUACAAAAGGUUUUUAUCAUCACAGCUCUGUGUAUGCAAGUAUUUCUUCCAGGGCCUAUGAUUGGUUCAUGUGGGUCCUCCCUCUUCUGCCAAAGUCACAGCCUCUCUAAACCUAAGUAGGCCAUCUUAAUGAGUUACUAUAACCAAUUUUCUGAUGAUGAGCCUUCCUGAAGUGACCCAGGUUGGUUCUGGAAUGACAGACACAUACCCUGUCAUCACUACUUUUUUGAUAGGACUUGACAAAACGUUAACUCUAACAUAAACUUCAAAAAACCAGUGACACUUUCAUGCUAUAAUGAAUUGGACUUCAGUGAAAAAGGGCAAGUAUUAUUUUCUCAUUUUACAGAUGAGAAAAUUGAAACUUAAGAGAGGUAAAGUCCAAAGGUGCAUCACUGACAAGAGAUAAAGGUAGGGCUCAAACUCUGGUCUAAUGGCUAAAUCCAUUAUUCUUUUUACCAAUGUAAACAAACUAACCUUUAUUUACUUUUCAGUAACCUGUACAACAGAUAGUGUAAUGUUUGGCAACCACUCAGGAAUUCUGGAAUUGAAACUUCUUGGGUUUUCUGGCUCACAAGAUUUCCACCACAUGCUCUUUUCCAUAUUCUUCCUUCUUUACAUGGUGACUUUUAUUGGAAAUUCACUCAUUAUUGUUAUGGUAUGUAUGGACUAUCGUCUCCACUCUCCCAUGUAUUUCUUCCUUGGUAACAUCUCUGCUAUGGAGAUUUUAACCACAGCUAUUGUUAUCCCUACUAUGCUGGGAGGUUUGCUGACCACCCAAAUUCAGACAAUGUCCUUUGGUGCAUGUAUGGCUCAACUCUUCUUCUUACUUUCUGUGGGGACUUCAGAGUUUGUGUUGUUGGCAGCAAUGGCUGUAGACCAAUAUGUAGCUAUCUGUAAUCCCCUGAGGUAUAGUCUCAUCAUGAAUCACCAAGUCUGCCUCUGGGUGGUCAUUGGGUCCUGGGUAUUUGGGUUUCUGUUCCAAAUCUGGCCAAUUGUUGCAACAUAUCAUCUUUACUUCUGUGGGCCAAAUGUCCUGAAUCAUUUUUUCUGUGAGAGAGGCCAGCUUCUCAGACUCACUUGUGGUGACAGCAGAUUUCAGCAGUUCAUCCUCUUCCUGAUGGCAGCUUUCAUUCUUUUUGGUUCUUUGCUCCCAACCAUCAUUUCCUAUAUCUACAUCAUUUGUACCAUUCUGAGGAUUCCUUCUGCUUCUGGUCGGAAGAAGGCCUUUUCUACCUGUGCCUCCCACUUCACCAUGGUAAUGACAGGCUAUGGCACCUGCCUGUUUCUCUAUGUGAAGCCCAGGCAGUCUGAUGCAACUGAAUAUAACAAGAUGAUUUCCCUAAUGACCUCAGUUGUGACUCCAUUGCUGAACCCCUUCAUCUUUACUCUGAGGAAUGAUCAGUUCAAAGAGGUCUUGAGAGAUGCAGUAAAAUGGUUAAGUCACCUCUUGAAGAAGUAG